CGCGGACCGCGAACCGCCACAGUGUUGUCGACAAGAAGGAUACACGAAGGCGAGAAAUUCUUGUUUUUUUUUUACAUCCGAACAGCGAAAAUCACGAGGAAAACGAUGGUGGAUGCACGUUCUAAAGGGUCAUCGAACGAAUAAACUCAACUGCUGUGGACACGUAAACCAUUCGUGGGUGAAGUGAAACACAUGUGUCGGCCAAACCGUGUUUUCCACUCUAGAGUGCCCGUCCCGUGUUUGAUCCGUGAAAAUUUCACGUUUAGAAAGCCAACUUGUAUUCCAGUUACGAUAAUCUGCAGAAAAUCAACGUGUCCGAGUUUAAACACAUCGAUUAACGUGAUGAGUUGCUUCUUCGAAAUGGAAUAAAACUUAUUGCAGAAGGCGGCAGUGCGUGGGUGGGUGGGUGUCUAGCGAUUGCCACUCAUGUACAUAAAAUUCCUUUUGGAAUUUUAUACAAAAUGUUGCUAUCGAACCAAUGAUAGUGCACUUUUAUAUUCAGUGUUAUUUGGUUCAAUUGAUAUGUAUUAAUUGGCACAUUAUUCAUGCAAACCUUUUUAGACACAAGAAAAAAAAUAUCAGUUAAAUUUCACACCAACACUGUCAAUUUUUUGGCUAGUGUCAAUCUGACAGUUUUAAAUGUAUAAGAUGAACGUAAUUACGUUUCUAAAUUGUUAUCAAUAGUAUUACUAUUGAAGGGAACAUAUAUAGUUGAUUAACAUCAACAUUAUUACAGAAAGUUUUCUUUCGAUUGUGGACUGAUAUUUUGUUUUAUAAAAUUACUUUAUGAAAAAUGCUUUCCUUAAACUCUGAAAUGAAAGUAAUGUAGCAAGUCUCUAUCAAUUGUCGUUCGCAGCUUCAAGAGAAGGACCUUACAGUCCUGCCUCUUUUUGUAAACUGAUAUUAAGAGGCUAAAGUAUGAAAGGUCAAGCGGAGAAAAAUGGAUAUCGAUAAAGUGUCAGCAUGCGUGAGAAGUCAGCAGAAUGUCAUGCUCACGCAGGUCACGUGAGGGGCACAACAGAAAUGUGCUCACGUGAUCCUUCUACAUUGCAUUCAACCCUUACCAAGGCAAAUGGUAAAAAUUCAAGCCCACAGUCAACUCAUCAUUCGGAAGCACAUAUUGACAGCAAUUUACUUCCAACACCCGGUGGACGAUUAAAAUUUUUUAAAGAUGGAAAAUUUAUUUUGGAACUAUCCCAUCGUAGAGAUGGAGAAAGAACCACAUGGUUUCCAGUCCCAAAGAAAACAUUUUGGCCACCAGCCAGUACAACUCCAAAUAGGCAAGAGAGUUCAACGUCUCUUAGUGUUUCUGAUGAUAAUUCAUCGGUUCAGUCAAGUCCUUGGCAAAGAGAUCAUUGUUGGAAGCAAGCAAACCCAAGACGUAGGAUAUCUACAGAAUUCAAUUUUUAUUAUUAUAGAAAUCCAAGAAAUCGUCUGUGCGCGCAUCCUCGCUUAAUCGCAAGAAAGCGUAGACGUCCACUAGAUCCUACUUCUUUGUUGCUCGUUCCAGAAUCAGUAACAAAUUAUACUAAACCAAUGCGUAAAGCAAACGGUACACCAACAGGGAAGGUUUUAAAUCUAAUUAUCGACAAAUUGGCGCGUCUUCUAGAUCCUAAUGUUGUUUCACCUCGCAAACGUAUUUUACGCGAAUUAGAAAAAGUUUCAUUGGAAGAUCAGGCAUCCAAAAGACGUGCAACACCGCAGCCUGUUUGUACAACGACUGCUCCUACAUCUUCGCCAAAACAAUUAUCAUCAUACAGUAUAACUAGUAUCUUGGGAGAAGACAAACCGAGUCACGAACAAGGCUUUUUGAGAAAUUUAUUGAAACCGGAUGACAGACAAACUGCGAAAUACUCAUCAAGUAAUUCGUAUCCGAGGGUACGAAUGGAUCCGUAUAUUGGUACAACUAAUACACCUUUGCAACAUCCGCUUUAUGGUGUACCAAUGUUACCUCCUGGACCAUAUAGAGCUCCUUUAUGGAUGCAUUACCCAUCACCCGUCCAUUAUCCACCUCCUAUGCCAUUAUAUGCACCACCACCUCCUCAUCCCCCAUCUCCUCCGGUUCAUCAUUACAAAGACUAUAGGGAACAAACUCUCACACCUCCUUCAGAUAUGCCUCUAAAUCUGUCGAAGCAUGCGGGUUGAAUCUCAGGAUCCUAAAAGUUGGUGCCUUAUAAAUGGACAAAACUGCGCAAACACUGCCCGUGCAACGACAAUGCGAUAUAUUAGUAUUUUUUUAUUCGUUAACAGUAGUAUCAUAGUAAGUAGAAACAUGCAACCAGAAAAGCAAAGUCUGGGUGCUAUUCUUGUACAUAUAAAUGCAUAAACUGUCCAAGUUGGCAUAGGUAUUUUAUAUUAAUAUUAAAUUAAAUCAUGAGUAGUAUUAUGCAAUUUUUAUCGUAAUUAAUAUUAUGUAUGCAUUACAUAAUUGAGAAUGUGUAUGUUGCAUAAUCUUUUACUUGAUAUAUCUUCAUUGUUUUAGUUACAAAAAUUGUACUUUUUCACAAAUUUGACACUACAAAAGUGUAUAAAUGUGUUCACAUAUUAAGAUUUAUCUAGUUCGAUGUUUAUUUUAUUAGCUAUUUCUACUACUCAUGAUUCAGAUACCACCAUGAAAAAAUGGAGCAUGCUCUCACCUUGCGCAUCUCACUUAUACAUUAUCUUGUUAUUCUUACUAACGUUACUGUCAUUAUCAUUAAUAAAUGAAACGACUAUUCAUUUUAAAAGAUUCAUAAGAAAGACAUAGAAUUAUGUACAGAACAGAUUAUUACCUAUAUUUAGUAUAAAUAAUUAUUCCUAUGAAUAGUAAUAUGAUAAUAAAUUUAGAUUGAUAGCAUCCACAACAGUAUACAUUUAUUUAUAUAAUAUUAGUAAACAAAAUUGCUUGGUAAAGACCGUGGGGUGUGCCUUAAAUGAUACCUAAAUUGCAACAAACUAAAUUGUAAACAUUUUCAUGGAUAUGUACUAUCGCUACUACUACUAUUAUUACUACUAUUAGUACUGUGUAUAUAUGAAUAUAAACUUUACGUUACGUAUUUGCAUCAAAUCGACAUUCGUCACUAUUUAUUGUUAGUCAGGCGCAUUACCAAACAUUUUUCGCAAAGGCAAGCUCACACAGGCUCUACAAACUAGUGAGUAAUUCUAAUUAUUCAUUUAUAUACAUUUUUUAUUAAUUGAAACAGAUGAAAUAUGUGACUGCGCGCAAGCAAUUGUAUAGAAAGACUAAUUUCGUAAAUAUAUAAAUAUUUCAUAUACUAUACGAGAGCUUUUCAUUUAUUGUCACGUUACGUAUUUUUUAUGUUUAU